CAAAAAAACGAAGUUCCACGUUCUCUGCUAUCACGCGAUACAGUAACUGUCGCGUUUCAAAAUCGAAUGGCACUGGAAGAACUUGCAUGUUGUAAACCCCAAAUUGAAUUGCUUCCGCGGCUUGGAAAAUGGAAGCAAUCUGUGUCGAGAAUCAAUUUUUCAUUAUCAAAUUUAGCUUCCAUCGCUCUUCCCAAUGCACCUUAUCCAAGGUUUUGCUGCAGAGCCGCCUCCACCUCAGAGUCUUCUGUCGAAUAUACUAUUCCUUCUUCUUCAACCAAAAUCUUCAUCAAAGGGCUUCCUCUCUCAAUCUCUGAAGUGCGUUUAACGAAAGUGUUUUCGGGGUUCGGUGAAGUUACUCAAGUGAAGAUUUUAAUAGAUAAAGAAUCUGGACAAUCUCUAGGAUUUGCAUAUAUUUCCUUUGACAAGGAAGAAUCUGCGCAGUUGGCUGCAAAAGAGAUGAAUGGAAAGUUUUUUGAUGGCAGGUUUAUUUAUGUUUCAAUUGCAAAGCCUGGAUCAUCAAAAAGUUGGAAGAGGACAACAGCUUACAAAUUUUAAUGACAUGAACUCUGAUAGGAAUGGGUUUGGUCCUCCGCUCUAUCAAACUCUGUCUCUUUGAACCACUUGAGUAAGUUUACAUGUAAAAGACAGCUUAAUUAUGAAUUUCUAGCAUUGUGGCUGUGCAUUGUGCUUGGGGUUCGUUUUAGUAAAUAAUAGUUUUGUAUUUCACUAACAACAACAACAACAAGAAAUAUGCUACCUUGAUCUGAAAACUAAUGGUAACUGAACGAAUUUUGUAAAGAAUGGAGAAGUUAAAGGAUGCAGUGCAUUACUAAGUGAUUGGUACCUAGCAAUCCGAUUGAACUUUCACUUCUUA